GGUGACUGUAAUAGCGAUUGGGACUGAAGUGCACAACACUCAGCGUUAUAGCGUAAUAGCAAUACAGUGUCAGUAAUAGUGUAUCUCAUAGACUAGUAUUGCAUCGAAAAUGGCUGAAGCCGUGGACGAAGAACCCAAUACUAGUGACCAGACGUCCACUAAGAUCUCUAUUGUCAUCAAGACUGCCAAAGAGAAGGAGACCUUCGAGAUCAACGGCAAUGAGUCCAUCAAAAAGCUCAAAGAGAUG